AUGUCGUCGCGCGCAAUGAAGAAUCGCCGAGUCCCAAAUUAUAGAUUCUCGGACUCUGACGAUCCUGAUGAUGGAGAUUGGGAAGAUGAUUCAUCUUCAGAUGAGGAAGAUACAAAGAAAAAGAAGAAGACAAGUAGAAAGUCAAGAGAUUAUACUUGGACUGACAAACCAAGAAAAGAAAAAACUGAUAAGUCGAAGAGUAUCCCAUUGAGCCAAAUGGCAUACAAUCCUCCAGCUAAAUUUGUGACAGAUUUCUCAACUGAAGAUUUACACCACUGCCCUGGCGGCGAUCCAUGCGAAUUCAUCGAAUUUGAGAAGCUUAAGGACAUAGUUCUCCGCCCAGAAGAAUAUAUUAACUCAAAAUAUCGUGGUGUUAAUACAUUUUUAACGAAUUUCAAACCAGAUGACCCUGAUAAACUGAAAUACUUUGGAUAUAAUCAGGAAUUAGUUAAAGUUGACCUUAAUGAAAUUCGUGCUUACACAGACGAAGAACUUGAUGCUGAAAUCGAAAAGAUUGAAGCCGAAAUAAAGAAAUACGAUACAAAAGGCGAUUGCACAUGCACAAUUGUUCCAGCAUUUGAUGAAAACAUCAAGCAUUCGGCAGCUAUUGCAUGUGAUGUCAGAGAAUUUCCAUUUGAUAAACUUGGAGCAAUUACUCAAUUCGAUGUCAUUACAAUGGAUCCGCCGUGGCUUAUUGCACAGGCUUCAAUUACACGUGGUGUCGCCAUUAACUAUGACCAACUUGGCACUGACACAAUCACCCAAAUUCCUCUUCAUAAAAUUCAAAAGAAUGGAUACAUAUUCUUAUGGGUUAUUGCAUCCCAGUUAGAAAACGGUAUCCAAAUUCUCAAUAAAUGGGGAUAUGAGUUCUUAACGUAUCUCAAUUGGGUAAAGAUUUCGAAGUACGGUCGUUACAUGCCAUCACACGGUUACUAUCUUCAGCACAAUAAGGAAACUGUUCUAAUUGGCCGCAAGGGAAGAGAUCCCGAAAACAUGCGCGCUGAAAUGUUUGAUGACCUUAUUAUCCAACAAAGAGGACUUCGUCAAAGCCACAAACCAGUCGAAAUAUACGAACUUAUCGAAAGAGUUUUCCCCAACUCAAUGUAUCUCGAAAUUUUCGCAAGACCCCACAACCUCAGAGAAGGUUGGGUUUCCAUGGGUCUUGAGCUUCCGAAAUAA